AUGGGUGGAUUCAAUUGGUAUGUUGGUUCACGUUUGGACUUGAAGAACGAUGGUGGAAGUCAGUUUGGAUUUUUUCUUUUUAUGAACAAGAAUCCUGGAAAAGCAGUAAAGGUACAUUAUACAUUGGAAGUGGCUUUCCCCCUUCGCUCGCUUAUGCAUUCUGAACAAUUCACCAAAGUUUUUGACCAUGAGGGUACUGGCCGUGGAGCUUAUCUAACUUCAGAUAAAUAUUUGAAAGGAAUCAAUGCUGCUGAUUCAGUCAUUAUUACAUUCAAAGGUUACAUUGCAUCGGUAAAAGAUGAUCCACAGGCUAAAAAAUGA